CAGAUGAAUGUGGCUCUGAUCCAUGAUAGACUCCACAUUAAGACGUUCUGGGAGAAGAGGAUUGAUGCUCACUCCGAGAAUUCUUGCAGCGAGGAGGAGAGGAUGAACGGUAGCGCACUCCAGAAGUUAAGGGAGGAGUGGCAUGUUCGUCUGGAGAGUCGAACCAAACACCUGAAGACCGACAACUACAUCAAGAAGCUCAAGCAGGACAAAUCAGCUGAUGAGACAAAAUCUGAAGAGAAAAUACACGAAGAAGAACUUUGA